ACCGGCAGGAAGCAUGGCGGCUCUGGUUCAGUACGUGGUGCUCCGCAGGGACCUGCAGGCCGGGCUGGGGUGGCCCUUAGGGGCCCUAGUGGCUCAGGCGUGUCAUGCAGCUACAGCAGCCAUUCAUUUGCACUACGAGCACCCCCACACCCGGGCCUACCUGGGGCAGCUGGACACUAUGCACAAAGUGGUGCUGGAGGUGGCCGAUGAGCUGACACUCACCACGCUGGGGGAGACGCUGGCGCAGGCAGGAAUAGAUCACAAGCUGUGGGUGGAGCAGCCGGAGAACGUCGCUACCUGUAUCGCGCUGCGUCCGUAUCCGAAGGAGGAGGUUCAUAAAUAUCUAAAGAAGUUCAAGCUGCUGAAAUGAGGGCCAUUCGCUGGGACCCGUUAUUGAUGCCCGGGGGCACCAUUCACCCCCCGCCCACCAGAGGGCACAGUAAUAGGAAGAUUAUUCAGUUCUGAGCCGGAGGGGCAGAAAGACAUUGCUACAAUCCAGGAAUGAGCAUUACAGGCCUAGGGGCCAAUCCGCUCUCACUGGGGCAAUUAAAUGAGGUGCUGGGGCAGUGCAUUUUAUUCAGGCUCCGGGUUACAUACAAUAUUGAUGGGAAGGUGUUAAUUUUAACCUCUGAGCUGCUGUCUGUGGGUCCGUUCUGCCCCUGUGCGUCAAUACAUGGAAAUGAUUCCUUUGGGACUUGCAGUUCCUUCUAUUCAGAGCGGAAAGGGGAUUGAAAGCCCCGAAAACCCCCUAAUUUCUAAUUCAGAUAAAAUAUAUAUAUAUGAAUGUGUACAGGGCCGCCAUCAGAAACUCUGGGGCCCCACACAGGUUAUUUAUAUGGGGCCCCCCAUGAACACAAGCGCAGUACCAACAUUUAGGCCCCGCCCCUUGUGUGUGCAAUAUAAACAGCUGAUGUUACUGUAUAAUAAGCAGCUCAUAUAAAGAGUUAAUGUUAUAAUUAACAGUCAGUUUACUGGGGGUCAGUGGAGUUUGCCCUAAGUUUAACCCCUUCCCACCUACCUGCCCCUGCUCUGAGCUGUCAGUGACCCCCAUUUGAAAGCCGAAAAGUGUCAGAAGAAGAAAUAAAAAAGCUUUAAAAAAA